GCGGGGCCGCGGCGGCAGCGGCGGGGCUGGGGCUGGGGCAGCACGUAUCUAGCUGAGCACUAGGAAUAACGUUGCAAACUCAGGAAGAAUACAUGACUUGCUGAAAAGAGAGAAAAUGCUAUGCUGGGGUUACUCGUCUUUUGGACAGCCUGGGAUAGGUAGCAACCUCCAGGUCAUCAUUCCUGAACCGCAGGUGUACGGGUUCAUCCAUGACAGAAACGUCAAGGAGGUGGCGUGCGGAGGAAACCAUUCUGUGUUCCUGCUGGAAGAUGGGGAGGUGUACACCUGUGGCUUGAACACCAAAGGCCAGCUGGGGCAUGAGAGCGAAGGAAGCAAGCCAGAACAAAUUGGAGCCCUGGCAGGGCAGCACAUAGUCCACGUGGCCUGCGGAGAGUCUCACAGCGUGGCACUCAGCGACCAGGGGCAGCUCUUCUCCUGGGGUGCCGGCAGCGAUGGGCAGUUGGGCCUCACCACGAUAGAAGAAGCAGUGACAGUGCCAAGGUUGAUAAAGAAACUGAACCAACAGACGAUACUGCAGGUUUCCUGUGGAAACUGGCAUUGCCUGGCUUUGGCAGCAGAUGGUCAGUUCUUCACAUGGGGACAGAACAGCUAUGGUCAGCUGGGCUUGGGUAAAGAAUGUCCCUCCCAAGCCAGUCCACAACGUGUCAAAUCUCUUGAUGGCAUCCCUUUGGCUCAGGUUGCUGCAGGUGGAGCACACAGUUUUGCCCUCUCUCUCUCAGGAGCUGUGUUUGGCUGGGGGAAGAACAGCUCAGGACAACUGGGACUAAGUGAUGAACGAGACCGGGAAUCGCCUUGCCAUGUGAAGCUGUUGCGGUCUCAGAAGGUUGUUUACAUCAGCUGUGGAGAGGAACACACGGCGGUUCUAACAAAGAGUGGAGGGGUGUUCACGUUCGGUGCAGGUUCCUGUGGGCAACUGGGACAUGACUCCAUGAAUGACGAAGUGAACCCCCGAAGAGUUCUUGAGCUAAUGGGCAGUGAAGUAUCCCAGAUUGCCUGUGGCAGACACCACACUUUAGCCUUUGUGCCUUCUUCAGGAAUGAUCUAUGCAUUUGGCUGUGGAACAAGAGGCCAGCUGGGAACUGGGCACACUUGCAAUGUUAAGUGUCCCUCUCCUGUGAAGGGUCACUGGGCAGCUCACAAUGGGCAACUCUCAGGGAAGCCUGAUGCCUGUAAAUAUCACAUUGUUAAACAUAUCUUUUCUGGAGGAGACCAAACAUUUGUGCUUUGCUCCAAAUAUGAGAAUUCCUUGCCUGCUGAUGAUUUCCGGACCAUAAAUGAAACGCGUUAUACCUGUUUAAUAAAUGAUGAAACUAUAGAUGUCUGGAGGCAAAAGCUUUUAGAAAAGAACAGUUCUAAUUCUGUCAAUAAUGUUGUUCAGAUACUGUCCUCAGCUGCCUGCUGGAAUGGAAGCUUCUUGGAGAAGAAAAUUGAUGAACAUUUUAAAACCAGUCCAAAGACCCCAGGGAUUGAUUUGAACUCCACCAGAGUGCUGUUUGAGAAGCUGAUGAACUCUCAACACUCCAUUCUCCUAGACCAGAUACUGAAGAGCUUUGAAAGCUUCUUGAUUCCUCAGUUGUCCAGCUCACCACCAGACGUUGAGGCAAUGAGGAUCUAUCUGAUUCUCCCUGAAUUCCCCCCCUUCCAAGAUUCAAAGUAUUAUAUCACGUUAACGCUUCCUCUGGCAAUGGCUAUUCUGCGCUUAGACACCAACCCCAGCAAAGUUCUUGAUAACUGGUGGUCUCAAGUGUGCCCACGAUAUUUCCUUAGGCUGGUGGAUCUCUAUAAAGGUGCAGUAGUUUACCUCCUCAGUGGAAGAAAGACAUUGUUGAUCCCAGUCUUGUUCAGUAGCUACAUUACAGCUGCUCUCAGACUUCUGGAGAAACUCCACAAGGUAAAUCAGAAGGUUAAACAUGUAGAAUAUGAUAAGUUUUAUAUCCCUGAGAUUUCCAGUUUGGUGGACAUUCAGGAGGAUUAUCUCAUGUGGUUCCUACAUCAGGCUGGAAUGAAAGUUAGACCAUCCAUCAUGCAGGAUGCCGUGACGCUCUGUUCUUAUCCCUUCAUCUUUGACGCUCAGGCUAAGACCAAGAUGUUACAGACAGAUGCAGAACUGCAGAUGCAGGUGGCAAUAAACGGUGCAAAUUUGCAGAAUGUUUUCAUGCUUCUCACCCUGGAGCCUCUGCUGGCCAGAAGCCCUUUCCUGGUACUUCAUGUCCGCAGGAGUAAUUUAGUUGGUGAUGCUUUAAGGGAGCUGAGCAUCCAUUCAGAUAUUGAUUUGAAAAAGCCUCUUAAGGUCAUCUUUGAUGGUGAGGAAGCUGUUGAUGCUGGAGGAGUGACAAAGGAAUUCUUUCUCCUCUUGCUAAAAGAACUCCUCAACCCCAUCUAUGGCAUGUUCACUUACUACCCAGAGUCAAACCUGCUGUGGUUUUCAGACACGUGUUUUGUAGAACACAACUGGUUUCACUUGAUCGGCAUCAUCUGCGGUCUUGCAAUCUACAACUUCACAGUGGUAGACCUUCACUUCCCUUUGGCUCUGUACAAAAAACUCUUGAAUGUGAAGCCCUGCCUAGAGGAUUUGAAGGAGCUGUCCCCUACGGAAGGAAGGAGUCUUCAGCAACUUUUAGAUUACCCCGGGGAAGAUAUAGAAGAGACAUUCUGCUUGAAUUUUACAAUCUGCAGGGAGAGCUAUGGUGUGACAGAGCAGAAGAACCUGAUCGAAGAUGGAGACAAUAUUCUGGUGCAGAAGGACAAUAGGGAAGAAUUUGUUGAAGCCUAUGUAAAUUACAUCUUCAACCUCUCCAUCCAUGAGUGGUACACAGCCUUUUCCACUGGCUUCCUGAAAGUAUGUGGUGGGAAGGUCCUGGAACUCUUCCAGCCCACAGAGCUCAGGGCCAUGAUAGUCGGGAACAGUAACUACAACUGGGAGGAACUGGAGGAGAGUGCUGUCUACAAGGGAGACUACACUGCGACACACCCAACUGUGAGGAUGUUUUGGGAAACGUUUCAUGCAUUUCCCUUGGAAAAGAAGAAGAAAUUUCUCUUGUUCCUGACGGGCAGCGACCGCAUUCCCAUCUACGGCAUGUCAAGCCUUCGCAUCGUCAUCCAGUCCACAGCCAGCGGGGAGCAGUACCUGCCCGUGGCGCACACCUGCUACAAUCUCCUGGACUUGCCCAAGUACAGCAGCAAGGAGAUCCUCAGCGCCCGGCUGGUGCAAGCCAUCGAUCACUAUGAGGGCUUCAGCUUGGCUUGACGUGUGUGGGAGAGGCACAGGCACUUGGGUACAGAGGAAGAAAGCGACGGGCUUGGCUUUAUUUUUAUAAAGGAAGGGAUCAGGACAUUUUGGGGGAAAAAAUAAUAGUAAUAAUCAUAGAUGCAGCUGAUGCAGUCUCAGCCUGAUGCUGCCAGUAUUUUGUGGGGCUUAGCAGGGAGAGACUUUAGCUUUGAGUUUUCUGAUCUACUGAACAAAAUGAGUUUGGUGGGCUUUUUUGUUGUUUCCCCUCCAACUUCACAGCACUACUUCGUAGUUUGCUUUUAUUGUCCCCCCUCCCUUUCCUGCCCCCCACCUUUCCUUUUCAUUCAGUUUAAACCUUUGGUGUUCCUUGCAUUUAGGCUACGGUGGAAAUUCAGGAUGAAAUAGUGAUCUUUUUGAAAAGCUGUGAUUUCCCCCAUCCUUUUUUUUUUUUUUCUUCCCUUUUUAAAUGCAAGCUGGUUCUUGCUUGCUUUGAAUGGACAUAUCCUCCCUGCCCUCCGCUCCUUGGCAGACGGUACUGGGCUGGGGCGCCAGCUGGUGACCCCGAGGACAGUGUAUUAGUUGCGGUACGUGCUCUGUCUCUUUGCACCAGUCUAUCUCACGGAGAAUAUGGUGGUUUGGGGUUUGGCAUGUCUUUAUUUUGUCUUAAAUUUUGUUUCUAAGCAGCGUCUUUUUAAAGAAGCUUCAGACUCCUCUGAGUAAAGGCUUGGGGAAGGUCAAAUCCAUACCUGUAAUAAUGGGUUUCUCAAAUUGCUUCUCUCUUGUGUUGGUUUUCUGCUGGUAAGUCAGUCUACAGGUUAGGCAGGUAGGCUUAGCUGAGGCCUCGUUUUUAUUCAAACCAGAAAUGUUGUUCCAAUGCAAGGUGAGGUGGCUGCUUUUACCAUUCCCGCCUUUCUCAGAGGAGUCAUGCCGGAGAGUGAGGGAGUGUGUGAGUGUAAGCGGUGUUUACACGCUCUCCAGCCUCAUUAGGUCAGAGGAAAAGAAAGAAGCAUGAAAUCCACGUUUGUGUGGUAACCCUCUCCUUGGAGGCUGGUUUUAUUUCUGCUGGUAGGAUUAUUUUACUGCGUGGUGUGGGAGGAGCCCUUGUCAUCCUGUUUUGCCCAGUAAGUGCUGGGACCCCUAGAGGACAACCUUCAUGAAUUAGGUUGGACAGGUAGGUUAGGAGUCGAGUAGGCAAAAGCAUUAACUGAAUUUGUCCUGUACGAUUGGAGAGCCUUUAUUAUUCUCCUUCUCCCAAUCCCACCACCCAUUAAAUGACAUGCAACUGAUUUCCUCAUUUCUUCAGGUCUUGGUGUAAAUCUCAUUUUAAGCCUAGGGUGGUUUUCAAAUUGACUUGUUAUUAGGACAUAGUAUUUAUGCACCACGUUCAAUAUAUAGUAUUGAACUUUGCACCUCGUAACAAAGGAUUUUAGGCUUUUUUUUUUUUAAAGACAAGCUGUUGGCUACACUGAGAGCCCUUCAGCCUCUUUCUAAUGCAACAAAUAGAAGACAUAUACAAUUAUAUCAAAUGUUUAUUUUCGAUGUGUGUGUACAUAGGUCAGUAUUAUGCAAUAAAUUUGAUGUUUAAUUCUGA